AUGCCCUCUUCAACUCCAGUCUCUCUUGAUCACCACGAUGAGCAUCUUCAAGAUCUCAUUGAGUCAGCUCGUCCUUUCCUCCGUGACAAACCCGAGUCAGUGGACACCAAACUUCCAGCCCUCUUGGCCAUCUUACGCUCUGCUGGCGCUGGUGAGUGCUGGCACCGGCUAGGAACCUUUCUUGAUCACCUAUACCAUGUCUACCGGAUCCUCAAGCUCUGGAAUGCACCAGAUUCCGUUUGUCUUUUUGGCCUUUUUCAUUCCGUUUACUCCAACUCCUAUCAUGACCUUGCAAUCUUCGACCCCGUCACCGACCGGGAAACUGUUCGGAACCAUGUUGGUCCCGUCGCUGAGAGUUUGAUUCACUUGUUUUGCGUUGUACCUCGCCACCCUCUCACCCAUGAUGAUCUAGUGUUUCGUUACACUGAUUCAGAGCUCCGGGAGCAUCUCCAAGCUUCUGAACAGUCUUUGAGAGACGUCAAGGAGAACGGUGGUUGGAACAGAGAAGAAGGGUGGAGGAAGAAGCUGCAAACGAUCGUUCCAGCCACCGGAAUCAAGGUGAAGCAUAUCAGAACAGGCGAACCAGUGGUUGUUCCAAGAAGGGUGGUCGCCGUUUUCCUUCUGAUGACCAUAGCUGAUUUCGGUGACCAAUACUACGGUUAUCAAGAUGCAUUGUACGACAACACCGAUGGUCGGCUGGAGUUCAUUGGUAACAGCAAUUUCUACACCUUAUGGCCCGGAAAUGGGAAGCCCGGACUGUGGAUGAACCUGAUAUCGAAAAUGGCAGCUAUUUACACUUUGUUGGUAAGAGAAGAAGAGAUGUACGCAGAGGAAAGGAGAAGAGCAGAUGGGCAUGUUAAUGGGAUUGUACCAGCUGAUAACAUAGAUGAAGAUAUAGAGCUGGUAAUACCACCUGUUUUCGACAGAUGCACCAAGAUUCUUGAUCCAAGUCAGCAGAUAGUGGCAAGAGACUUGUAUUGGGAGGCUGUUAACGACGAAGGGUCGAAGAAGGAGAAGGGUGAAGAGAUGUUGUUGAAGUGUAUCGAGAAGACCCCGUUUGUAGGUGAGCCUCAUGUGUUGCUGAGCCAGUUUUAUUUGAGCAGAGGGAGAUUCGAGGAAGGGGAGAGAGAGGCUAAGAAGGGUGUGAGUCUGUUGCUGGAAAUGGUUGGGGUAAUGGGUCAUGGGACACGAGGGAUCUGGCAUGGGGGCGGUUCCUUGUCUUGGGUUAGUUGGUUAUGUUGA